AUGUCCGUCACGCGCCCCCCGGGGCCCGUCUCAGAACCGCGUCCUGCGGACUCCGCUCCCCUGUCGCCCCCGGGCAAGCGGCCUCGCCUGGAGGAGCUGGGCGGCGUCUCAGAGGCGGGCUACCGGCUGCUUCUGGUGCCGCGCUUGUCUGAGGUAGAGAAAGCCUGGGAGUGGUCGCCCAGACCCUUCGCCGCCCUCCUCGUUCCGCUGAGCGCGGCCUUCGGCGAGUGGGAGAGCUCGGCGCCGGCGUUCUCGUCAGCCAGGGCCGGGUCUUCGACGGCUCGGGACGGGGCCUGUGACCCCGGAAGGCGCGACGACGACGACGCCCCGGGUCUGCGCCCGCGUGGCGGGCUCGGAGCGGAGGCCGGCCGCCUCCCGCACCACGCCCUCACGCCCGACGUGCAUGUGGCAGACCGCCCUCGUGAAGAGCCGGUGCGCAGAGAGAGGGGCCGUGCUCGUGAAGACUGCGGGUCCCCGCCUGCGCUAGUGGUGACCUCCGCGGAGAAGAACAAGCCUCCCGGAGCUGAGCUCGCGCGGACCGCCGACAGCUCUGCGGACCCUCCCUCACCUGUGCCCCGAACACCUCUGUUCCCAAACCCGCUUGGCUUGGGCGGCGCCAGGCCCGGCCGCUUCAGACCCAGCAUCACAGUUACUGUCCCUGAGUUUCGAGCGGACUUACAUAGCAACAUGCCCUCUGUCUAUUUAAAGCAGGCAGCAAAGAAAAAGAAUGGCAAAUUUGUGGCAUAUGUUAGGGAUUUCACAAACAUUGACUCGUCCCAAAAUAGACCUGAUGCUAAGAAGCGCAAGUUACAGCACGAUAAAAAACCUGUAGUGGAAAAAGUUUUUUCUGACUAUGAUGAAAGUAACCCCCAGUCACCCAGCAACCAAAAUAAUUUUUGGGGGAAAAAGGACUUAAUCAGUUUAAACUGUUAUCACUACAGUAGUAUGACGUGUGAUGUAAAAGGCUCUAAAGAGAAUUUCACUAUCACACCAGAAAAUUCAAAGCUGAAGAGAGCUGAAAGGAGUCUGAAGGUUUAUGUGUCUCCCACCCCAGAAAACUCCCAAAGCUGGGACUAUAACCGUAGGUCAACUUUGAAAAGAAAAGGACAAAAAAGUUUGAUAAUGAAAAAUUAUAAGAUUAUCUGUGAAAAUAUGAAAAAACUUGGUGAAAAUUUGAAUUUGUCACAGUUGUUAAGAGUAGACCUGUUAAACAAGGGAGAUUAUCACAGUACAAAUGUCUUGAGUGUACAUGAACAGCAAUCAGAGCCUCUGGUGAUAGGAAAUUUGGAUGCUCCCUCAGAUUUGAGGAAUGUUUGGUUUAAUGGUAAAGGAGAAAAUAGCAAUCUGCUACAGUUGAAAUGCUAUACUAUACAAAAAAGCAUUUCAGGAAAUAAAAAGGACAGUAUUUUAACCUAUAAAAUAUUGAGAUGUGACAGGCAAACCAGUAAUAUGAAUGCCACUAUAAAGAGUGGCAUUUUGAGCAAGUGUUUACAGAACAAGAUUUUAGAAUAUUUAAAUGUAAUUCCGAAAACCAAUAUAGCUCCUUUGCUCAGUAACUUUGAUUCAUUCAUAAGAAGUGGGCAUGGCUGGGAAUCAGAAGAGGGAUCCAUUUUCCAGUGGAUAGUUCAUUUGAAUUAUUCAAAAAAUAUUGUAACAGAAAGCCAUAUUGUAUAUGUAGCAAAGAGCUUAACUUUUUUGGGAAUAUUAGAAGAUAAUAGGAAACAUGUGCCCAAGAAAAGAAAGCUAUUUAAAACUGAGCAAGUUCUUGAAGGGGCUAAGAAUCAAAACAUUAGUUUCUUAAUAACAACUAAAAGUCUUCCAGGUUUUGAAACAUAUGAGAAUGUUCCAGUUUUAAUGGAUUUUGAUAACAUAAGAGAAAUAACUUUGACACGAGAAUCUAGUAAUGUGAAUGCAAGUUGUCCUGCACAACUAAAUGUAGAUAAUUGGGCUCAUUAUAGUUUUAGUACUGUUAAAACACAGGUCAAGUCUGGUCCUCAAUUUACACAGAAUAACUGUGGAUAUAGUAGUGGAAAAUGCUAUAAAAUUAGUAAGUGCAAUCAAGAUUUAGAUACUGAAAGAAAACAGAGGCAGAAGGGUAGUCGUCUCAAUUUCAAGUUCAUGGUUGAAGACGCUGCUAAUCUUAGGGAAAUGACCACACUGUCAAGCCCAAACAAAAUGCACCAUGAGCAGAUGAAUAGCACGGCUAUAAUUCAGAAGCUCAAUUUUGAGAAGUUGUUAGAUGAAGGGAAAAUAUGGGAAUUAAAAGUCAUUAAAAGUUUAAGUAGGUGCCAAGUUCAGAAAGACUUUGAGAUAGAAGAGGAAGAAGAUAGUUUUCCCCUUAUGUACGGGAUGUGUUCCAUGCAGUCAGUUUCAGUAAUGAGUAAAAAAGUAAAUGUGGAAGAGACUAAAUCUGCUAAUCAAGACGAUAGAGCUGACACAAAAGAGUUUGAGACUAUUUUGCAAGAUAGUGAGUUAGCUAAUUCAAAGCAUUUCCAUCCAAAGAAUGACUCUACAUCAUAUGUUAAUCAUCAGUUUGAAAAUGACUCAAGUGAAGAGAGCAAUGAAUGUUUUCAGGGCCUAACUGCUAACUGUUUAUCAACAGAAACUCUGACAAUAGCUAAAGAUUUCGAGAUGAAGAGUAAAUUUGAUUUAGUACUUGAAGAACUUCGUAUGUUUCAUGAAAUUAGUAAGGAAAAUGAAAUUCCCAGUAAUGUGGAAAUGAACAAUAGGAAAGAAAAUCACUUUGGAGAAAGUAAUGAUAUAGAGGAAACAAAAAUGGAGAUAGAAAAGGAGUUGAAAUUGGUGGAAACCAACAAAACGUAUACAUCUUUUUUGCACUGCGAUAUGAAAGCAGGUCCUAAUAAGCAUAAAAUAUACCAAGGUUUGUUUCGGUGGAAAACAAUACCUAAUAAUGGAGGACAGGAAGUUCCCAAUGAGUAUUGUUGUCCAAGAUCAGAGGAACACUUGCUCUGUUCUACUCCUGAGGAAGAUUGUAAGAAACCUUUACCUCAAAGGCCUGCUUUUUCUCCUGAUGGAUGCAAGGGAGAAAAAUAUAAUUAUCUAUUAAGGGGAGGGUCUCACUGUAGCCACAGUGGCAUUUCAAGAAUACAGCCUCUUAAGACGUGCAACCGUCCAAUCAGGGUUGGUUUAUCAAGGAAAGCUAGACCAAAGCAACUCCACCCUCACCUGAAAUAAAUGAGUUGUGAAAAUUUAAGUGAAGAUUUUCGACUUUUGUAGUUCAACAUACCUAGAAAUGUUUACUUUCUUUCUUUGGAUACAUGUUUUCAAGUUCAACUUGGAGAUUUUGGUGCUUUAUUUGUGUGUGAAUUUUUAAAUUAUCUUUAAGAGAAAAUAUUUCAUGAUAUA